GUCAAAUAGCGGAUCAGUUUAUCUACUGUCUUUCACUUCCGUAAAAUUAGAGGACCAGAAUUAUUCUGUUUUUCACGUCCCUACCAAUGAUGAAAAUCGUUUUCUUGUUCGUUGCUGUCUUUUUUCAGGAGACCUCGGCAAACUUUCUGUGCUUCUGCAACUUCUUGCAUCCCUAUGGCUCCUACCUGUACGAGUGUCCAUCCAGAAGCAGCCAGCUGAUAGGGAUCAUCUACCCCCCGGAAAACACGGACCACUAUGUGGACCUGUCCUCGCCCCACUGUGUGGCCGCAUUUAACGCCCAGGCUCCCCAGGGGUGGGUGGCAAUCUACUACAACAGCAACAACGUUAAUAAGCUCGGCUACAUGUUCAAAGAUUCGGGCUUUCUCGAUAGGCAAUGCCCGGGUACCCUCAGCUUCAAUGUGCAGAAUGUUGUGAAAUCUGAUAAAUGUACUCACCAUAUCGGACCGAUUCCAGGUUUGGUACUUCCGACCGCCACUGUCCCAACCACAGCACCCACACAACGCCCGACUGCGUGGGUCACUCUGCCUACAGCCCACCCACAGGUCAAUCAACAGAAUAUUUGUGAUGGACGACGUCUAGAGAUCGGCAUAGUCCAGCAUCUAACAGUAUUUAAUGCGGACUCGCGACAUUGUCCGAACUCUGCAGUAGCUGACGAGGAAGGAGUGGUCAUGGCGUACUGCAAAGCACCGGAAGUAAAACAGUGGAAACGACAUACCAACGUGAUGAGCGACUGCAAAUCAAUUCCAAAAUAUUCCCCAAUUUCCUUUUUCUUUGGAGACAGUGUGCUAGCUGGCACAAAGUCUGGAAUUUUUAUUGAAUGCACGUCUUCAAGUUUUGUGAUGGCCCGCCAACUGUGCUCCAAUAUGUUUUUGGAAAAGGUGACCAUCCCGCCAUUCCUUGCCAGCCAUUACCACGUCUUACAGUGGUGAAAAGUGGCCCUGAACAACACAACUCUACCAUGUGACAUACGACUUUAAAAUGAGCUGUUUCUUGAAAUUAUUUGAAUAAAUAUACAUGUUAUUUGGUA